UCUAGAGCUAUCGAGAGACCACGCGACUGACUAACCUCAACGUGCAAGAAGACGAAGAGCAAAGCAGAUGAAAGCAGAGUAGAGUGCGCCAGCGGUAUCAGUGAGUCGCGGUUUCGUAUUUCGUAAUGUUCGUAAAUAUUUCCGCGAAACGAGGAAGACUCGAUCACACGAAUCCCACACAAACGGAACCUUGACUUUAGCACGCGUGUGAUAAGACUGGCGCCGGUUAUGUGCGCUUCCCCAAGAAAGCGAUAAAAUCGCUGCUGCCGCCGCCGUCGAUCGCUAUCACUUACCCGGCAACGAGAAAUACAGAGAUAGACAGAAAAUAGGGUAGAGAGAAGAUAGUCAAAUGCAGAUAAAUGCGUGCGAGUGAAGUUACGAGAUCAAAAGAUCUUUUUUCGCGGAGCAAACUAAAGACGGUAUGACAUAAUAAGAUGAAAAAGUAAUAACGAAAUCAUACGGACAAUUCGAGAUCGGAGUCAAACCAUCUUGGCACUUUUAUGCGAAUCCGGUGAAUCUUACGCAGGAAUUGUAUCAACGUUCUCGCGCUGAUACCCUUCUUUACUCUUCCCCCUCUCAACUGACUUUGGUGUGUUACUUGACUGCUACGCCGUGGCCAUUCAGCAGCCGUCGUGUUUAGUUUACGGUGGACGCGCGUUGAGUAUCCGCAGUGAAAAGGACACACGCUCGAGUGCGUGGAUACUAGUGUGAUGUCUGACGCGCGCGCUCUUAUUCAUCUCCUUUUUCAGCAGCAGCGGCAACGACGUUUGCGAUCGUGAAAGAAUUUCGAAGAUCCCUUGGUGAUCCCUUCAACACGACGGUGGGUGAGUGUGGAGGGCGACGGGUGGCGACGACGACGGCGGCGGUGGUGGUGGCGGCACAAGGGGGGGAGAUCUUCCGCCCCCUUUGCGAACCAAACGCCGGUAAUGAGUGUUUACACCGCGAGCACGCCGACAGCGAGCACCGCGAUAUCGCCGGUGAUAAGUACAACAUUGACAGCGAUAUCAACGGCAACGACGACGACAACGACAACGACAGCUACGGCGGCUACGUCAACGACGACGGCGGCGGCGGCGGCGGCGGUGGCGGUGGCGGCACCGGUUGCAACGACGACGGCGACGUCGUCCACGGCGACCGCCGCAUCGCCCGAAGCAGCGACUGACUGGAUCGAAUUUUGUGAGAGACACGCCCGCGCCUCGGCCUCCGAUUUUGCUAAAGCGUUUUGCGCCUACGUCAGUCUGAACUUACCGGAGAGCGCUCGCGCUAAUCUCUCGCAUCGUGAUUUCCUCAGGAAGUUUGUCGAAAGCUUUUGCGAGCAUUUUGAGAGCGAAUAUCUGCGCCAAGGCGUAAGAUCACUGUCGUUGCACGAUACUAGGAGUAUAACAUCCAAUGAAAGAGAUAUAAAUCUUACAAACCAAAACGCUACCAAUGCACCAGUCCGUGCGUCAUCACACGAGGAAUUUAGUGAUUACUCUGAACAUGAAGGAGAGGCGGUAUCGCCAAAACCUGCUCAUAAACCUUUCUUCCGCAGAUUAUCUUUUAAGGGACUCAAAAAAGGCAAAGGUUUCUUCCACAAGCAACAGAGUGAUGAGGUCGAAUUAUCUCACAGUGAACAUCGUAAAGAUAAACACUCCAAGGCUAAAUUAUCGAAAAUCGUUGUGGAAUGUAGAAAAGAGGGAAUCGUAAAUUCCUUGAUGGGGGAAAAUAUAGACGGUACGCAGCAAAAAUGGGAAAAAUCGCGAUUAGCCCUGAUAAAAGCCAUUGGUGGAUACAUGUUGGAGUUUUAUUCUCCACCGAAAGCUGUAAAACCACGAAGUGGUGUCUUUUGCUCGGCGAUAACGGAAGCAAGGGAAACCACGGCACUCGAAAUGCCGGAUCACGAGAAUACAUUCGUUCUAAAGACCCAAAACAUGGAAUUUGUCAUAGAGGCACACGAUUCGAACGAUAUGAAGUCGUGGCUGGCAACGAUUAGAUACUGCAUGCGAACGGUACAACAAAGUUCCAGCGUUCCUGGUUCUGGGUUAGGUGAUUCUUUAGGGGAUUCUUUGGGCCACGGUUCAUUGACUAUCGGAUCAGAUAGUGAUCGAUUACGAGCCAAUUCGGCGAGUAAGACUUUCCGAUCUGCUAGUCAUGAACAUGGCGAUGAGUCGCAGGUCAAUCCACCAGAAUUACCUCCGAGACUCCGUAUGCGCAGCAGCAGUAAUUUAGAAUUAUGUUCCUCUCAACAAGAAAUCGAGCAAAUUCCUACUAAUGAAGGCGAGCUGGAUUUAUCGAGUAGUUUACGAGAAUACCCAUGGUUUCAUGGUACCCUUCCUCGCUCAGAUGCCGCGCAGCUUGUGUUACAUAGCGCAGCUAAUGGUCAUGGUGUGUUCCUGGUUCGGCAAAGUGAAACCAGAAAAGGAGAAUUUGUGUUAACUUUUAAUUUCCAAGGAAGAGCAAAACACUUACGGAUGACGCUGAACGAUCAGGGUCACUGCAGAGUCCAACACUUAUGUUUUCCUGCGAUAUAUGAUAUGCUUGAACACUUUCGUCAAAAUGCGAUACCUCUCGAGUCUGGUGGGACUGCGGAUGUUACUUUAACAGAGUACGUAGUGGCGACGAACCAUGCAUCGCGAUCAGGGCAUCAUAAUGUGGCGAGUGCUACGAAUGUGCAACAGUCGCAAGAGAGGAGACCUCCAGCAAUCUUGGAGCCCAGAGAAGUACGCACGUAUGGUGGUUCUAUAAGAACGCGUGUGGAAUCAUUGGAGAGACUAGUGCAACAAAGCAUUAUUGCGGAGCAACAGGCCACUGGCAGAGCGGUUCAGAACACUUACAGUUUUCUCUGACGUUGGAUGCACGCUAAUCCACUAUCAGGCUACAAUCCAGUUAAUCCGUCGGACUGAACACGAACAAUAUAAUGAAGUAAUCGAAAAUUUUUAUUUCCAGAUUUGCGUCAUGUUGUAAAUUACUGUAUGACAAAGCGCACUUUACUAGUACAAAGAGCUGCAUUUUCUUCUUUUUUUCUUUUUAGAUAACUAUCUUCCAAUCAUUGACUCUUGCGUUCAGCAUUCGACAUUAUAUUUUUAUGAUUUAAUAGCAACAUGUUUGCAUUGCAUUUACAUCGAAUAAUAAGAAAUAGAAUAGACUGCCGUACAAAACGAGCUUCAGUUAGCAAUAAUUAUUUCAUAAUAUUGUGCACAAAUUAUCCCAUUUCCUGAUAAUGUCGCAGCAUACUAUGGAGUUUCUUUUGCACAUGUAUCUACGACUCAUCCUUUUAUCAAGAUCAAAUCGAUGGCCUCCUCCUCUUUUCUUAUCAAGAGAACGGAUAUAUUUUAAUGAGAAAAUCUCUCCCCCAUUUCGCUUCUAAUUUAUGGUGUAUGUACUUAUAUAAUGUUACAUGCAUACGACGUAUAUGCAAAUGGGGAAAUGGUAAUUUCCGGAAAUCACGAAUAUGCCAUAUAUAGCAAUCCCCAUUCGCGUCCUUGAAUCAUCUUGAAGACUUAACAAGUACGCUAAAGUACUAAAAUUUAAUAUUAGUAAGACCGCUUCGUUACAAUUACAAUUUGUUAUAUAAAAUUGCAUUUCAGCCACACUGUUGCUAGUCCCUGAUGCUUUGUAGAACGUCAAAUGUAAUAGACAUGUUUUUUGAUCCUCGAUAAGCAUGAAAUACGCCGCGAUAUGAAUUAUCCGUACUCGUCAGUGUGUAAAUUUCCUAUUUGUCGGAUAAAUAAAAAGAAUCGAGAGAAAGAAGACAACUGUAUUAUGAUCCUGCAUAAGUCGAAGGGCAAAGUAUUCUGGUACAGUAAGUAUAAUUCUAAAUAUACUCCUGCAAAAAAUAGCAGCACUGCAUUCGAUAAGUGUAUCGAGAGGUAUAUUAACGAACUAAGUGUAAUGAUUAAGGACUAUUAUAUUAAUAUUAUAGAGCAAUAUGAUUGACUGUAAAUUAGAUUAUAGAUAAAUGUAUGAAUGAGUGAUACGUGUAGAGAGCAAUGAUCGACAAAAUAUCCGAUUUGUAGAAUGUGCAAAUCAAGUAUUCUCAGUACGAGCUUAAUGCUGUGAUAAAAUCUUUCAUUUGCACAGACAUUUAAUAAUUACCAGUUUAUGUUCUUGAAAUCAUCAAAUAUAAAAUGCAGGAAAAGUACAGAAUUUAUCACGUGUGUAUAUUUUACUCGCUUUCUGCCAUCGAAAAUUAUAUAAAUGGAACUUCCAUCAUAAUAUACUAAAAAAAAAGAAAACUAUCAUAGGAACGUUAUAGCCAAUCUAAAAAAUCUGUAUUGUGAAUUCAUCCUUUAGCCAAAAUAAUAGCAAGAUCAUACUGUAAGUAGAAUGUAAGCUUGUUUUUCAUGUACUCGCAGUUAAAACGACAGUCCUGAGAUAUGCAGAGUCUGACAAUUAAUAAGCAAACAUGAUACUUUUUUACCUUAUGUUAAGAUGCAAAAAUGAAAAUAAAAACUGAAUUUCCUGA